AUGGAAAACGAAGACUACCCCAGUCCGACGGGGCAUAAGCGAUUGCCUGAUUUCUGCGUGGAUGGCCAACGAGCAUGCGAAAACUGCCACGAACCCGGAGCUUCAAUGUUUUGCGCGAAUUGCAAGGUGACGGACAUCGGCAACAUCUGCACAAGAUACUGCUCUCAACACUGCCAGCAACAAGACUGGGAAAGGCACAAGAAGGUUUGUCACGACCGCCGUCGGCUCAUACGCGCCGCUAGAGCUUUCGUUUUAAUUUGGGACGAAGUCCAGGCACUCACCUACGACCGAGACUACAACUUCAUUCGCUCAGACCAGGAUCGCAGAGUCAUUCAUAUAGGACGCCCGGACCAUCGCAGCGCUCUUGAUUAUGGAGGAUGGACUGGGGAGGCCAUAUUCCGCCCUUUUCUAGGUUCUGUGGUUCCAGCUAAUGUCGAUGAUGAUGUCCAGCGAGCCAUCCUCCACAGAAACAAAUGCACCGAAGUCGUUGAUAUUGGACGCCCUCUCAUCGAUUACAUCUUAAAACUAGCAGACGUGGGGCCAAAGAACGUCGCCAUGGUCACGGUUUCCAAGCAGGUAUCGCCAAUGUCCGACGCUCAUGCUAUCCUUUCUCUUGAGCUCGCAAGCGGCGAGAGAUUCGCCCUCGAUGUUUCCGGCUGUCAAUACGGGUGGCAGGAAAGUAUUUAUACGUGGGAUUGUUUUUUCCGCUACCGUGCAAACCUCGCCUCCUACGCAAGCCUUGACGAAGUCAGUCAAAUCCUAGCACAGAGCAUGGAACCAUUGCGCCUUGCGCCGACUCACAUUGGGCGAGCUUCAUGCGAGCUUCGCCAGGAAAUUGUUCAACAGGUAGCUGAGUCCAUCAAGGCGUUCCUCAAGACGAAGCAGACGAGCGUCCGAAGCCUCAUGUCCGCGGGGAAUGAUUCGUUUCCUGACAAAGUUGCAGAUCUAACCUCCCACGCGACCGCCAAGAUUCAGGAGAGCAUUCAUCACAUGACAGUCAAUCGAGGCGUGGGAAGAUGGUACUUGGACAUUGAAAAUUGUGGGCUUAGAAGAAUGGUCUUACGAGAUGAGGAGCUCGCGCACAAGAUGAAGAGGGUCUUUUUGACCAAGGAGGACAUUGAUUCCGUUCGACUCAAAUACAAGGAUGAGCCACAAGAGAUCGCGGAGGAGAAACGAGUGGAGGAAGUGGCUCAACUUUGGAACGAACGCGCCAGGAAAUAUGGCUGUCUGUCUUAG